UUUAAAGAAUUCCAGCAACUAAAAGCCGAGAAGUAUUUUUUUUAUCAGUUCUAUUUAAACUCAAAACAUGAAGUCAACUCCUCCUGGAAGUAGAGAAAAACCACCGUGGUGUCCGGCGGCAUAUCCACUGACCGCCGCCGCUGAAAACAGAAAAACCACUUCAUCGGCCGGAAUCUCCAUCGUCACCACCGCUAGAGCCUGCCGGAAAAAGAAAAAAUGUCUAUUCUACACUCGCAUUCUCUCAUUUUCAACGCUAAAACCACUGUUAAAUCCUACUCUUUCACUUCAUUUCUUCAUUCUUCUUUAAUCUCAAGCUCUAGAUUUAGAAAUCAUUCACAAUUUUCAACUCAUUCAUCGUUUUCAUCAUUCAAUGAUUCUCGAGAUUUUUUUGUACCAAAACCCAAGCAAAACGACGGUGAUUCUGAUGAUAAACCAUUCACAUUUAUUGAUGAGUGGGGCGAGAAGUCGAAGCCGGAGAUUCGACCGAUGACGAAGUUAUCGGAAUCGGAUCCUCCUAUUGACGUAGACGAAUGGGGAAGAGCUGAGUCAGGAAGCAUCAAUUCUUCAGGGAUUGAAGAUGAGUGGGGCGAGAAGUCGUUUCUGGAGCUCCGACCCGCGAAAACGAUAUCGGAUUCGGAUCCUCCUAUUGACGAAGACGAAUGGAUCGGAGCUAAGCUUGUAGUCAACAACAACAUUGAUAGAGUUAGAAAUCAGGGCGUUUCCGAACCCGAAUUGAUGGAGGAAGACGAAUGGGGCGAAGAUGAGAGAGUUGCAGAGUUGAAAAGGUGCUUAAUGGACACGGUUUAUGGGACGUAUUUUGGGAUCAGAGCGUCAUCUGAGGUUCGAGCUGAGGUUCUGGAGCUGGUUGCUCAGUUGGAGGCAGCAAAUCCAACUCCAAAUCUAGUUGAAUCGCCUGAAUUGCUCGGUGGGAACUGGAAUUUAGUGUUUACGGCAUUUUCUGAGCUGUUACCUCUUCUGGCUGCGGGCACCAUUCCCUUAUUGAAGGUCGAAAAGAUUAGUCAAACAAUUAGUACAAGCCGCCUUAUCAUAGAGAACUCAACUACAUUAUCAAGUCCUGUUGCCACCUUGUCUUUCAGUGCAACUGCUGCUUUUGAAGUUCGAAGUCCAUCAAGAAUACAGGUUGAAUUCAAAGAAGGGACAUUUAAGCCUCCAGAGCUCAAGUCAAAAAUAGAUCUGCCAAAAAACUUGGAUAUCUUUGGCCAAAACAUGAGUUUGUCACCUGUACAGCAAUCUCUGGGUCCUCUUGAAAAUGUUGUGGCAGGUAUAGCCCGAACUAUUUCUGGUCUGCCUCCUCUCAAGGUUCCAAUUCAAGGUGAGAGGACAAAAUCUUGGCUUAUUACGACAUACCUUGAUAAUGAUCUCCGGAUCUCUAGAGGAGAUGGUGGGCUUUUUGUUCUCGUUAAGGAAGAGAGUUCUCUUCUAGAUCAGUAACAAGGUCCACUCCGUAUUUAGAGGUCCUAGGAGUUUCAUAUAUACAAUACAUAGCUGUAAAGCAAGAUACAUCUUGUCUUUUUAAUCUAUAAUGCCAUUUGUGUAGCCAUUACUCAGAGUAAGGAAACUGAAAAUUGGAUAAUUAAGAGCAUUUGCAUAAAGUAUAUGUUAUUUAGAAGCUCUGGUGUUAUUUGUAACCCAAAACUUAUGUCACUCUACCUUAUCUUGAGGACAAAAUAUGUUUCAUUGCAAUAUUAUUAACACGAGUGCAACAUCAUCUUUAAA